UCUCACUGUUUUUUUAGGGUUAGGGUUAUCAUUUGGAUGAAUUCAGCCUUGGAAUUGCUCUUCUCUACAGAACUAAAUGUAAAAGCAAGCUUGAAACUACCACUACAUGACAUCACAAGAUUGUUGGCGCCCAGAGCAAUCACCGGAAGUGACGCACGGAUGUUUUGAAUUGUGCGUGAAGAGGCUGCACGAUUCGGAUCAUAAACACCUCUCCGAGCCAGCAUCCCCUGCACCAUUUGGGGACAUCUACGUGCUUCAUGUCGCCAUAAUUAAAGCUAAAUUAGGAGAAAGCAAUGGACCUCCACAAAAUUAUCCAUGAUGCAUUGCACGAGUUCAUCCAGACUUACAUUCCAGAUGCUGAUCUCAGCACACUGGAUGACGUUCUGCUGUCCUACAUCACUGGGGUCUUGGAGGACCUGGGAUCACAGGAGAGCGUGGAGGAGAACUUUGAUGUGGAGGUCUUUGCUGAAAUGCUUGAAGCCUACAUCCCUGGGUUUGCUGAAAUUGACAGUGUCAAAGUGUGUGAAAUGAUGUUCAGCCUGGCUUCGAAACUGGCCACAGCUCGCGAUUCAGCUGACAAUGAAAACAGUGUGCCUAAGGCGAGGACAGAUGAGAUUUCACUGAAACUCACCACCAUGCCAAGUGCGUCGCCAACAGGGAGUGAAGCGCAGUGCCUUACAAACCAGACAGAGGGCGCCACAGCCAAGGGUCCAUCGUCUGAAUGGGAGGCACAGGAGCAACACCUUCUGGAGAUGUUUCCAAAAUGCACUGUGUCUGAGGCUCGAAAUGCUCUGUCUAUCGCCAAGGGAGACAUGGAGGAAGCUGUGCGCCUUAUCAUCGAAGGAGACGUCCAGCUCAGCCCUACUCCACUUAAUGUUAACCAAGGAAAGACUGUAACAUCAGUGGCAGACCAAAAGCUGAAAGAGAGCAUCUUGGAAAAAUACAUGCUUGUGGACAGCGAGGAAGACAACAAAACUCAUAGACCAGUUGCCCCUAAAGACGCCCCGAAGAAGCUUGUGCGUUACCAUGACAACCAGGUGGUCACAACAAAAGGUGAGCGUUACCAGCUGGUGAAGAAGAAUGAGACGGAGGAGAUGAAGAAGACUUAUGUUAACCUCAAACCCGCCAGAAAGUACAGGUUCCAUUGAUGACUGGUCCAUGAUUCUAAUGCGCAGCUACUGACCAUACUGUUUACAUAUAUUAUUUAUUACUGAACUCUUUUAAAUCAUUCUCCAGUGCGCAUGUGGCUUAUUUAGAACACUGGUAACUACUACAUGCAUUUUAGUUUUAUUAUUGGUUAAAGAUGUACUUUGUAACUUUUCUUGACAGGUUAUUGCUAUGCUUUGAAUAUUCCACAGUAUAGCAUACAAAUGUUCAUGGAUUUCAUUCCCUGUUAUAGGACUUUUCAAUAAAUAUAGGAUGAUUAUUUUUUUUAAUUGUUAUGGCAACCAUCAUCUUUUCCAUUCUUCUUUGACUAUGUAAAAAUGCCUUGAAAUGGAAGGGAUUCUUGUAUUACGGCAAAGGAGAAAUUCAGUUUGUCACCUGGACAAACGUUUAUUUAGGUCGAAAACGUUUUGCAGCUCACCCAAGCUGCUAAUCAGUUCAUAUUUCAGUGUUCUCUCAAAUGUUAAUGCUCCAGGAUUUGUUUACAAUAUGCACUCCGAACUGAACACUUAUAGCAUAUAUUACUAAGAUCAUCUUGAAAAUCUGCAAUGAGCAGGCUUGCAUCUACACAAAUCUGACCAGUUAAUUGACCUAGUGGCGCCACUUGCUUGUCCCCAUGGAGAUGGAUAAGUUUAAAUCCUUACGGUGGAUCACUUACACAUACACAUCUCCCCUAGAGAAAACCAACUUGAACCCUUCAUCAGAAAAGUUACACAGUCUAUCUUUAAAUUGUUGCUUUAAUUUGCAGUAGGAACUUUGCAUAAUAAUAAGUGAUCAUGUUGUGUUGAUUUUAUGCAUACUUGUCUAAAUAGAGGUCUGCAGUUUUAAUUUAAAAAAAUGUUUUCAAUAAUUUUUGUCUGAUUGAUAGGAAAUGGAUGAUAUUUUUGCAUUCUCAUCAGAAACUUGCCUGUACAUAGAUUGGUUGAGGUGCAAGUAUUGCACAAGUGAAACUGGAUCAUGAAACGAACCACAAAAGUGCAGAAAUAACAGAUUCUUUAGAUUAAACUGCACAGUUCUUUUAUUUUUAUUGCAUAAUUGUGAAGUUUUCUAUUUCUAACAUAUACUGUAUUUGAGUAGAUCUGAUGUUGCACUGACAAUUUUGUAUGCUUUGCUUCUCAUUUCAUCAAAAAACCUUGAACAUAGAUCUAUAUGACUGUAAAUAGCUAGGUUUCUAUGGUGCUUGCUAGGUUUUAUUCAUGAUGAGUGGUUGUGGCUAGCCAGGACAUACCCAUUCCCAAAAUUAAAAGAUUUUUUUUUUUUUUUUUCUUUUUGUAAACAUGCCAUGCAUCAGUGAUUUCCUGUGUCCUGAUUUAUUCUGUGUUCAUUAAUUGUGGCACAUGUAACUUGACUAUAACACAUUUUUUAUUUUGGUUUUAAUUAGUGCAGUCCAAAUUCUGCCAGUGCUUUAAAACAAAAAAUGUUAAUUGUAUUUUUAUAGUGUUUUUAUCUUCAAACUAGUGCUACUAUAAUUUUGGUACCAUUCAUUUGGUAUUUAGACAGGCAGUGUAAAGCUUAUGAGGUAUGUCACAAAUGUUUAACACAAGUACAUGCCAUAGACUGUAGAUAUAAAUGGACACAGCUAACCUGUUAGCCGGCACGUUCCAAAAAGGAAAUGAUCAUGGGCGCUCUUCCGCCUCCAUUGACUCUGGUCCCAAUUGACUUUACAUUGGAAAACUUGUCAUCUCUCUGUAACUGCUGCAGUGCGCCUUGUCCAGGUAUAAGGGGAGACAGAGUACUAUAGAAAUUGUCCAUUGAAAUGUAUAGGGACACUUCGUAACAGCAAUAUGGCGAAUGUCAGCAAAUAUCCCACCUGCUCCGCUGCCAAGAGCCAAUCGUAUACUGAACUGUACGAGUGGUGUUCCAAUCAUGUUGCUGUUUCUUCCUCUGAUGUUCUUCUCAUGCCUUUAGUGAAGUACUGUGCAUGCACAGUAUCAAAAUAACCUGAGAAAAGUGGCUUUUAAAGCUUUAUUUUUAUACAAAGCAGCCAACUUUUUAAGACAUUAUAAUCAAGUUUUGGUUUUUCGAUCAUAUGGUUUUCAUGACUAUCAGUAAUCGGAGACUGCAUAUACUGGUGAAUUGUCAUUCAUUUAGAGGGCCUGCUCUUAUUAACCUGAAAUAGAAGCCCGAAAGCGUCUCUGAUAUGGCCACUGAGUGCAGGGACUUUAUAUAGAACAACUAUGAUAUUAAAUCAAAUGGCAAGCAGUUCACUUUGCUUGUGCUGCCUGACAAGAGCAUGUACAUCAAGAAAAAAAAAAAAAAAGGUACCCCUCACAGACCUUUCUCACCUUUUCCGUUCCACCCUGACCCGUUUUCAUCCCUGCUCAUUAUUUUAAUCUUAAAAUGACCCUAUUAACCCACUCUAUGUGACCCUGGUGUUUUUAUUUAGCUCUUUUGUCCAUAAAUAAAUGUGUAUUCCUAAAAUAGAAUUUGGCUCCAAAUUUGUGCCUAGAACUGUCAGCCCCAGUGAGCUUCAUUUGACUGGAGCUGAAUACUAUGGAUGACAUCACACUUUCUUAGUCCAUUUCUUUAUACAGUCUAUGGUACAGGUAUUUGAGGAAUUACUGGGACUUGCUAACUGAACAAUUAUUUGCAGUAUCUAGAAGUUCAAGGACUGAAUUCUGAAUUGAUGUACACUCCAGUUCAGAGCUCUGUAGAUUUAAUGGGAAAUUGUACUGAUAUGUGUAAUAUGACAGCUAUUACCUUUUAUUUGUAUUAUUUUUUGUUUUUGUAUUUUAUGUGUGUGUACUGUUAAUGUGCUUAUGCAGUUUAGGCUCUUUUCAUUUGAAUCCAUAAGUAUGGCUGGGGAAUUUCUUUAGUCAUUUUCUUUGCCAAAUUCUGUAUUUUGUAUUUCCAGUAACAUUUAGUCAUAUGCAGCUGUAAUGCAAUCAAGAUGUGUUGUUACAAGCCAACAGCAUUGUGCUUAGUGUUACACUGUAGAGACUGGAAGUUUUAGUUUUAGUUUUAGUCAGAAUAAUUUGGGUUCCCAGCAGACGCACAAUUUAUAGUAAA